AUCGCAGAAUUAAAGAUUCCUGCUUUUAUUUAUGUGCUCUGUCUCAAAACAGUCCCCACCAGUCACUGUUUCUGAAAGGUAUUUCGUGUGAAUAAAACAAACGCACCCCAAUCAGAUUAAAGCAGCCCGAGCCAUAGCUGGGUUGAACACGACACGGUGAAGAGAACCGACGUAGUUUACCGAAAUAACACCGCACAAAUACGGCUUUAAUUCACGGCCACGAUGGGGAUAAGGUACGAGAUUGGUCUUUUGUUCCUUCUUGUUAUUUCUCUCCUGAACACUGAAACAAUAUGGGCUAAAAAAGGUGGCAGUAGUAGCGGCAGGAAAAAUCCCUCCUCGUCAUCGAAGCCAUCAAGUUCUCAGCCAGGAAACUACCCUCGACAGCCACAGUCUCCCAGUCGCAACAAUAAUCCAUAUCCCUCUGGUGGAAGUUACCCCUACCCAGGAGGAGGCAACACUAAUCAAGGGGGAUAUCCAAGACAAAAUCCACCAAGUUAUCCAGGAGCAGGAAGUAACCCAAACCAAAAUCCUGGAGGUUAUCCAGGGUAUCCUAAUCAAAAUCCUGGAAGAGGAAAUUAUCCAAAUCAGUACCCAGCUGCUGGAAGCAACCCAGCAGCAGGUGGUUACCCAGCCGGUGGAGGGUAUCCCAAUCAAAAUCCUGGGAGAGGGAAUUAUCCAAAUCAAUACCCUGCUGGAGGAAGUUAUCCAAACCAGAGUCCUGGAAGGAAUCCUAAUCAGUAUCCAGGUGCUGGUGGGUACCCAGCAGGGGGAUACCCAGCAGGGGGAUACCCAGCGGCAGGAGGCUAUCCAAACCAAUACCCAGGCAGGGGGGGUGUGAAUCCAGGUGGGUACCCUUACCAGUAUCCAGGAGCAGGUGGUUACCCAGUCAGAGGAGGAAAUACUGGGCAGGGUUGGGGUGUGCCUGGUGCAAAUCCAGGGGGUUAUCCAGGGGGUUACCCAGGUGGUUACCCCAAUUGGAACCCAAAUAAUAAGAUUCUCAGUCCCAGGUUUGGUGGAGGAGGCUAUGGAUAUGGUGGUUAUGGGAUGGGAGGGUCUCCCUUCUCUCGUUCUGUGCAGAGCAUGGGAUACCAGCCUAAAUCCACAGGUUUUGCUAAAAAAGCCAUGUUGGCAGCAGGUGUAGGUGCUGUAGCUGGAAUGGCUGUUGGAUAUGGACUAGGGCGCUUCCCUCGACCACAUUUCAAUUUCCGCAACCCUGAAGAAGAACACUACUACAACAAUUACAUGUAUCGCCGUUAUGGUACUCAGUCAACAGAUAAUACAGACUACGGCCGUGAUUAUGUCUACAACCCUCCUCCACGAGCAGAGUCUUAUGAGAGUUUUAUGAAACGCUGCAUGAACAGCACUGAUCCUCCUCAAGAUAAGAGCAGCACUCCUAAGACUGGAGCUGAUGAGGAAGAUGAUACAGUCAGCAUUGAGGAGAUUGGGUACCCAGCCCUAAUAGAGCAGGUGAAGUCCCGGAGCUGUGUGGAGAAGUAUAUGGAGUACUCUGCAAGAUUCCUGGAGAAACGAAAAUUUGAGCAACAAGUUCAGCCAAAUCACAGCAGUUCCCUUAGUCAUGGGAUGAUGCAGCUCUUCACUUCCUGUUUCAUGCUUCUUUCUUGCAUGCUCCUGCUCCAGUGAAGCAAAACAACAUUCCUUUCACUAACAUCUACUGGAUUUUUACUACUUAAAUUUGACCUAAACACUCAGUGCUUGUUUGUGUAUGUAACUUCCAAUAGCAUAAACCUUAGCUGUGUAAUUUAACAGAAUAUAAUCAUUUUACAUGACUGCAGAAAACUAGCAAACGUUAACCAAAUGAGAACAUGUACAUAAUUUAUAAAGCAGUUUGUCUUUAGAAGCAGCAGCUUAAAGUAGUGUUUCUAUCUUUAAAUCUAUGUUGCACAAUGUGUAGUUUCUUGUUUAGAAAUGAUUUUGCACUUACUUUAUUUUUUUUAAUAUAGAUUUUUGAGCACUGAAUGUAUAUAAAACAGGUUCAGGGUAAUCCCACAUUUGUAAUUGAGGGAACAGAAUUUAAAAAAUAUAUUUUAGCUGUUUUUUGUCCUCUCAAAGUCUAUUCUCAUUGAAUUUUCUCUCUCAGAUUGAAAAAAAUGUAAAUUAUUUUCCUGCAUCUUGCUAUGCUAAUGCACUUCUAGUCACAUGGAGACCCAUCUAAGAUUGGUGACCAAGUAUGAUGUGUGUAGGUGCAUUGUUAUGUAAUAUUUCCAAGACCAGGCCACUUAAUAGCCAUAAAACAUUGGAUGUACAUGCAUUGUGCUGCAAACACUUGUCCUUAUUGACAUUUUCAUAUUGUGUUUAAACAUUAAACAAUGUACAAAAGGAAAACUUACAUUUCUAUCUUUCCCUGUCUUGGACAUACAAGCAUGAUACAUAAAAAGUCUUUAAGGAAGUGUCAGAUGAAACUCUUCUUUUGAGUCACUCCCAGAAUUGAAGAAUAGGUUAAAAUAUCUUAUGAGUUGAAAGAUCAGAAAAGUUGCUGAAGCAGAAGAUAAAAAAGAUGGAAACCAUUUGAAAUGGCAUUUCGCAUCACAUUUUCCACACUAGUUAAGACUAGUCAAGAUGAUGAUGAAGAAUCUUGCAACUUAUUAUUUAGUGACGCUCUUCUUGUUGCUCCAAACUUUGUAAACUUUUUAAAAGAAUCCUGGAGAGAGGAAGUAAUGUUUUAAAAAGUGAAUUGAUGGUUUCAUAUACCACAAUCAACAGCUCAACACUUAAAUUACAUAAAAUAAAGUUCUUAGUGUGAAGCCUUACAUUUUCUUUAAUCUGCAGAGCGUGUACAUUAUCUGGGGCUUUCUACUGUAUAUAACCCUGACUGCACGUAACAACCCCAGAUGGAGAGACGUUUGUUAAAUGUGGUCAUGAGCAGUGUUUCUGUCUUGCCUGCAGUUAUUGUAAACAAUAUAUACAUUAGGUAGCAGUAGCAUUUGAUCUUUUUAAUGUGCGCAGCCAUAUGCAACCUUUAUUAUAAUAUUUUUUAUCAUAAUUAUUAUAGAUGAUCCCUAAAUAUUACAUAUGUCAUGAGCAGGGCAGCACAGUCAAUGGAGGUAUUGAUCCUGGAUUCUCUUGCAUGGUUUUCUGUAGUAUGAAUCCAUACUUUUACCUGCUUCAUUUUAAUUGUUUCCAAGCAUACUUUAACAUCUCUAUAAAGAAAAUUACUCCUAGUAGUUUGAUUUUGAGUAGGUCAGUCUUUAGCCAAUGACCUGCUUCUCAAUGGAAUACAGUAAGAUAAAGUGAAGUGUUGUUGGCUUUGUAAAUGGCUGUUUUUAUUACUAUAUGCUUCUAGCUGGCAUGGUGUUACAUACAGAAUAUCAGACAAAAACUUCACUUUCAUGAGUUUAUUCUAUCCCCCUGUGUUUUGAGAAAGUUUUUUUUUUUAAAUUAGGUUUGGAGGCUGUCAGUGAUGCCAUUUUAAGAAACUGUAAAAAUUCUAAUUAAUGUUUAUCUUCUACAUGAUAAAACAUGGUCCCUCUAUUUUUUUGUUGUUUUUGUUUUUGUCCAGCCAGUCUUUUCCAUUCAUGCCAUUCCUUAGUUCAGAGUGCUGAAUUUAAUUGAGUCUGUCAGUUUAAGCUUAAGUGGAAUUGCAUUUUUGCCUCUCAAACCAAGUUGUCUGUAGAAUAUCUGUAAAGUGCACUUACUUCCCCUUCAACCUGGAUAUUCUGUAACUGUGUUACUGUGCUCAUAUUGGGGUUGUAGGUGACUUUGUGAAACUCUUGUUUUUGUUUAGCAGCUGGUAUCACUUUGUGUUACUUUAAAUGUUAUGACUAUAAAGGUUUGUUAUGGAUGUUUAUGUGUUAAAUAAAAUAAAUUCCAAAUGGA